AUGGAGAUUAGAUAUUCACAAACUUAAGAGGAGCGAAAAAAGACUGGGAUUAUUGCAGAAUAUUUAGAUUCACUUAAAAUAGAUAAGCAAUUUUAUUUAAAGUUUGUACCUGCUGUAACAAAGCUUUAUGCUAGGAAUUAUUUUAUGGCUUUUUUCCUUUUAAUAAUUAUGCACGCGCAAGAAAUAGCGAUCCUACUUUCAUAUAGAUAGCAAAUAGGCUAAUCUAGUGAUGACUAUACAAGCUAUUUUAUCUAAUAUAUAAAUUAUACCUUAUUGAUUAAUUUAGCCAAUCAGGCUGUUAGCAAAGGCUCUGCAGAAAAAGGAAUCUUCUACUUUACAUUUAUUAUAAAUUGCUUUAUAUUGUUUAUAUUUUUUGGCUUAUUCAUGGUAUUUGCGUACACCAGAUAUGAUAUUAAAAGGAUUAGAGCUCUUAAUACAUUUAUUAGCUUUCUCCUACAGGUUUACAUAUAUAUUUUAUUUCUGCCCUCUCUCAAAUCUUCGUUUAUAAUGAUCAGCCUUUAUACUUAACUUUAUGCAAUUAUAGGAUACAUCAAUAUAAUAUUUUCGUGGAUUAUAGGAUUUUUUAUAGUAUUUCAUGACUAUGAUUACUCUUUCUUAGAGAGGGAUAAGCUCUCAAAAAGGUUUUCUUAUUUUGAUGUUUGGCUAUUUAUUUAGUAAGGUAUGCUCCCUUUUUUCCUACAGUACUCUAAUGAAAAAGUGCUUACUGCUUUCUCUUGUAUAUAUUCUAUAUAAAAAAUUAUAAUUUACUUUUUGGAUUAGACCUAUUUUAAUGAGAGGAUGUGUUGCUUCUAUUCCAUGAUUAUAACUUAUUAUUGUUCCACGUCUCUUAUGUUUUUAUUAUUUUUGAUUUCCCCAAAUAGCUUAAAUUUCACGUUGCUAAUGCUCCUAUCAAUUCCUCUCUCAUUUCAUCUUGGAAGAGUCAUUUACAAUUUUUUACAAAAAAAUACUUUUAAGAAUUGCAUGGGAAGACAAGAUCUUACUGAUUUAGCCCCUUAUUAACUUGACAUAUACAUUCGUCUUUUGAAUAAAAACUUAAAUUUUUUCUAUGAAGAUUACAUCAGAGAUGGAUAAGGUUUUAUAUUUGAAAAUCUCUAUGUAAAUCACCAAAUAAACUGCCAAACUGAUGAUUACAGAUGUUUUUGCCAUGAUUUUCAAAGAUAAGAUAAUAAACUUGAAUUCGAAGAGUAUAUUGGAUAGGAUUUUCGUAAAAAGUAUGUUAUGUUUUACAUAGUAAAUUUAUAUGAGUAAUAUCUGAGAGCUAAUUAAAAGAGUUCUUAUGUAAAUUCAGUUACUUUUGGCUACAUUAGUUUUCUGUUCGAAAUUAUGAAAAUUCCCACUAAAUCUUUUAAUGUAAUUUACAUUAGUUAGUAAAAACUAAUUUCAGAGAAUGCUAACUUAAGAGAUUUGUUUGUUUAAUAGAUUUUGAUGUACAGAAUUAAGAAGGAGUUCUAAUAAUUCUUUUCAAAUCCUACUUACUAAAAUUAACGUAUAUUUGUUAUGGCACCUAUUUUAUUUGAUGAGAAUAUGUAGUAUAUGAAAUAAUUACUUAAGGAAUAGCUUGUCAAUACAGGAGUAUUUUAUGAUUAUUUAUGCUCUAAUUUCAUUGAUCUAUCAAUUGUAAAUUAAUAUGCUAGAAUUUUAUAUUAAAAUUUAAACGAUCUUAAAUUACAACUUGAAUAUCUCUAUGAUUUAAAUCCAGAUAAUUUAGAAUUGUAGUAAUAUUCAAUGCAUUAUAGUAAUUUAUUGGAAUUUGAGAACUCUAAAGUUAGUUAAUACAUAAAAAAAUCAAAAAAUCUAACUAAAAAAAUGCUUCUCACCUAAGACAGAAAUAUUUAAGUUUUUUCUAAGAAUGCAUGCAUAGUCUAUGCCUCUUUGAUUAAAAAAGAUGGCUUGAUUAAAAAAGUUUCAAACUCUUUUUAAAAAAUAUAUGGAAUCGAAAAUAAAUUGAUUAUAGGAAAAACUUUGAACUCCCUAAUACCUAGAGGUCUCUAUAAUACUCAUGAUGACAUUAUUAGCAAUUUUAAGAAUAAGGGUCACAUGAAUAUCAUCAACAAAGAGUAAAGAAUGGUUUUUGGGUUAAAUGGUGAGGGAUUUAUCAUACCAUUAAUGAUCAGAUUAAAGCUCGAAAAUAUUAAUGAUGACUUUGGAGUUUGCUCUUUGCUGACUAGUGUAAAUUAAGAUAAAGAGUAUCUUUUUAUUAGUGAUGAAGGAUAAAUUAUGGAUAUAACAAAAAAAUUAUACAAUCUUAUUUUUAAAGAUCUUUCAUCGAUAAAUGACCUAAGAAGAUUUGAUAUUAAACAUUUGAUCCCUUUGAUUUGGGGUAUUCAAGAAGUAAGCGAAUACGAUAAAGUAUUUUAUAGCAUUUUGGUUGUUUCGAAGAAACUUAUGUUUAUGAAGGAAAAUAAGGUUUAAGAUCUUAAAUCUCAUCAUAAGAUGUAGGAAGUCGUAGAUUAGAUUUGUUUAGAUGAUAUUAUUUAUAGCAUUAGUUUUAAGGUGUGCAUCAUCACUACUUCUAUUGGUCUGAACUUCAAGUUUGUUGAAAUAGAUAGCUUUAAAAGAGAAGAUAAUUUAGCUAAGAGGAAAGCUCAUAUUUCGCACUUAAAGAUGUGUCUUAAUGAAAUUUUAAAUAACAACGUUAAUGCACUUUUUAAGGAAUUAACUGAUGCUAACACAACUAAGCAAGGAAGUAAUGAGAACUAGUAAAUUAAUUUGAACAACAUUUAUGAUAUUGCUAACAUGGACUAAUCUUAAGUCUUAAACUCUGAAAUUGACAGUAGCUUUUACAGGCACAUGAAGAACAGCAUACCAAACAAGAUUUAAUCUUCUUCUAACAUUAAAGAUUUUGGUGAAGACAGUAGCAGGAUAUCUCAGUAACACAAACCUAAGAAUUAAACAAAAUACAAUAAAAAUUUUGUUUAUUUUUCUAACGCUUCUCCCAACGUGUUUAGCCCUCAUCCUAAUAACGAAUAUGAUAGAGACAAUAGAAUUAUGGAAGAGAGCAACACUAAUAUACAUGAUUCAAAGAUAGCCUCAGGAGCUCUUUCACCACGUUCAUUUCUUUACUAGGCUGCUGGAUUAGAUUAAAUGUCUCUUCCACCUACCACAGACAGAUAAAGAUUAGAAAACAAUCCUCUUCUUGGUGAAUUUGGAGCUCCUCCUCCCAAUAGAGUCUAGAAUGGCAACCAUAAUCCUAGUUUACUUAGCUUGCAAUCUCCAAUGUCUCAAGCAGGCUUGCUGAGCAAGAAAAAUGAAAAUAAUCACAAGCAAAUAGAAUAAAUGUUUUUCCCAUCAAGUCCUCAUUAUAAUUUUCAUAAUUAAUUUCACAGCGAAAAUUAUCAAAUCAACAUUUAAAAAACUAAGUCAAAUAGCUCGACACCAAGAGCAAACAAUAACAACAACAACAAUAAUAAUAUUAAUAUCAAUAAUCAAAUGUUAUCAUUUAAACAACCUGAUCUUGUAACAAAUAGCAGUGAUAACAGUGAACCUAAAAACGUAGAGCCUGGUUAGAUAGUUGUAAAGAGAUCUCAGUCAAGAAGCAAAAGUGAGAAAUUUGUACAAAAUCCUAAAGCUCUCAAAAAAGUUGAGGUUAUAAAAAUAGAGCAUAACAUUAAUUAAGAAUAGCAUGAAUUAAUUAAGGAAAUCGAGUAAGAUGAUCUUGAAUCACGCUAUUUGAGGAUUGGAUCAAACGAUAAUGACUUUAAAAUGGUUAAAAUUGAAAAUCACUUCAAAAUUCAAUAAGUACCUAGUAAUUCAAAUAUUUAAAUUCAAUCAGACUUUGAAAGAGAUCCUAUAAAUUAAAAUGAAAUGAUAACAUCAUACAAAUAAAUAUUAAAGAUGAAUCAAAACCAGCAAUAGAUAAAAGCGAAACAAAUAAACGCAGUCAUCUCAAAGCAAAAUACUUCUAGGUCUUUGCUGACUUACAAUCAAGAAAUGAAAUUAAGCUUAGACAAAGAAGUUUUUAAAAAAGAGCAAUAAAACUUACAAUUGCAAGAUAUUCAAAAAGUAAACUAACUAGAUGAAAUAAUUCUAGAUACGCAUGAAAAUAACUUGAGCAUCGAUGAAGAUGGAAAUAAUUCAGAUAAAGAUAAUAUAGAAUCAGAAGGCAAAAAGAGAAAUAUUCAUCAUUCUAUCACAUAAAAUGUUGAGAAUAACAACGAUUAGUCAAGUGUUCACUCCAGCAAUAAAACGUCUGAAUAAACAAGGAGGAAAAUAAUCAUCAGAAAAAUCAAAUCUAAUCACAUUUCGUCUGGUCUAAAGGCAAUGGUUUACAUGGGAAUCACUGCUUUCUUCAUUUUUGUUGCUGUUUCUGUUAUGCUGUAUGUUUAAAACAAUAAAAGCUAUUCACUUUAUAUUCAAAACUUCAAUAAAGUUACACAAGCUUCUUUUCUUUUCUUAGAUGUAAUUAGUGUGGUUAAAGUUUUCUCUUACCUUGGAAUAACAGCAAGCUAGCCUUACUUUUAAGAGGAUAGGGCUUAUUCAACACAGAGACUGUAAUAUUAUAUUAAUCAAUUUAAGGAUAUAUUUUACAGUUUUGUGAAUGAUAAAAAUACAGAUCAGCCUUAUUACGACUAUUUACUCAAUUAGCCAUUUAAAAUUGAACUUUUCCACGUAGAAGGUACUAGAGAGUAUCCAGUUGUUAAAAAAAAUGAAACAUAAAUCACAGCAAUUUCUCAAUUUAUGUAUAUUAUUUAACAAUUUAAAGAAAUUGACUUUGAUAGUUCAAACAUGCUUUUUCUUUGGUAGAACAUGCAUGAAUUUAAAAUUAAUAUGCAAAAUAUGUAGAAUUUGAUUUAGUAGCAAGCUUAAGAUUAAUUUGAUAAUAUUAGCUUGAUGUAAAUAAUGAUGCUGAUUAUUAUCCUAAUUAUCACUUGUACUCUUAUCUUCACAGUUCUACCUUUAAGUGUCUACAACAUCAUGAGAUGCGAAGAAAUCCUGAAGCUUUUCGGAUGCUUCCAUCCUGAAAAGCUUCAAAAACUGAUUGAUGUCAUUGAAGAAACAGUUAACAAAUUAGAUCUGAUUUCUUAUUACACUAAACUUCAAAGUUAGAAAUAUUAUCAAAAGAACUUAGAAAUCUCAAGGAAAGAUCAAACUAUAGCAAAUCAUCCUAACAGUACUUUUACAAGAGACAAAAACAGGUCUAAGACAUAAAAGAAUAGAGACAUACAAAGUCAAGUUCAAAGUCCUUCCUUUUAAAGCCCAUCACAAAAUCCUCGUAAUAACACUAAUAUGUAGGUAAAGUAAUAGAUCAAACCAACAAAAUACUAAUAGCAGGCUUAAAAAGAAAAUGCUAAACAAUAGAUAAAUGGCUCACCGCCAGCUUAAGUAGAUCCAUCCAAAAACCCCUCUAAAAUUAGCAGCGGAGGAAUCCAAUAAAAAAACUAGCAUCUCCCAACAAACGAAACUCAAUAACAAUCUUCUCAUGGAUAGAUAAACAACAACUUAAAGUAGACGAAAGCUUAGUCAUAAUUUACAAAAAAGACAGUUGUUUAAGGUAACAACGCGGAAAUGCCAAUUGCAACUAAAACCCACAUAAAACGCUAAGCCUAGAAAAGAACAAGACAGAUAGCUUCUUUCAAUAGUCUCCCUCGUUUUGACUUAAAGCUUGUUACUAUAGCUUUGAUUAUUAUUGUAAUUAUGAUGAUUCCGCCUGUUUUGAAUAUUCUAUUCUCAAACAAAUACAUGGACGAAGGCAAAGUAACUCUAAAAGAAAGAAUCACAGUUUUGAAUACUAUAGUGCAAAUAGUAUAAAAUGAAGCUGCCCAUUUUAAUAUUUGGCUUGAUAGUCUUAUAUAUGACUUGAGUCAAUCGGAUCCUAAUACCUUACUUUCUUAUCAAUCUUUGUCAAAUGUAACCUUAACAAAUGAUUAAGUGAUUUCUAAUUUAUAAUCGCUUUUGUAAACAAAUCAACCAAGGAGAGACCAAAGUAAUUACAACAACAUUUACUUAGGCAUUCUUAAAGAUAACAUAUGCUCUACACUUAAAGAUUAUCCAAGUUCAUUCAAUACGAACUUUACUGUAAGCUAAUGUGAAUCUUUAUAUUAAGGAGUUAUGCAAAGAGGAUAUAUCAUAGCAUCUAAAUAAAUUAUAGGAGAUUUUGAUAAUUAAUUUAAAUUAUAUUAGUAAAAUUUAUAAAAUGUUUAAACAGUCCUUCAAUCUGAGUACGCUAACUAAAAUAUAAGAGAUUUAUAUAGAUCCAUAGUUUUUAUGCUCGAUUCAUUUACUGCCUUAGACACUUACUCUUCAAACAGUUAACAAAGUUACAACGACUAUAUUAAUUUAAUCUCCUUAUAUCUUUUUAUCUUCUACAUAAUAGUAGUAAUUAUGAUCUUUUUUUCAGGAUGGACUCAUGUUUUCUUCAGAUUCUACAACUAAUUCGAUUCUACCAAAAAGCUACUUUGUCUCUUCAACAUGAACCUAAUUUUAGAAAAUGCUUUCUUGAUGUAAUUCUUAAAAAAUAAUACUUUUGGAGUAAAGUGA